AUGAACACCCGCAACGGGCGCUCUGAGAUCUUUUCCAACUGGCUAGGUCAACACGCAAGCCGCAGUCAUUAUGAAACCGCCUUCACGACUUUACAAAACAAUCAAGCGCUAGCAUACAUAUUUAUUGCUUUUAUUUCAAUUUCUAUCUUUCUCGGUUACCUCGGAUUUAUUCCCAUAUCACUAUUCCACCUCCCCUGGGAUCUUCUCGUCUAUUUUACGCCCUCUCGAAUCGUUAUCGCUUUGGACCCUCGCAUAUCGACCUCCGACCCCAACUCCCUAGCCUCGUCACCUUUGACCUUCCGUGAUAAAAGUGACGCCAUGAAACGGAUUCUUGGCUUAGAUAACAACGUCAACUUCCCCUUUUUCUCCCGGUCAACAUCGCUCUCUAUUUUCGGAAAUGCGCUGUUGGGCAACACCAAGGACGUCGCACCCCCGGGGCUCGGAAACUGGAACAACUCGUGUUUCCAGAACAGUAUUAUACAGGGACUGGCUUCUUUGAAAUAUCUCACUGAGUUCCUGGGACACAACGUGGACAACCUCUCGGGCAAGGCUUCUAUCUCGACGCACAAGGCACUACUAGACCUCAUCGACCGUCUAAACAGCGCCUCCAAAAGCGGAACCAAGCUGUGGAUCUCUGGGCCUCUGAAGUCUAUGAGUAGCUGGCAACAGCAAGAUGCGCAAGAGUAUUUUUCCAAGUUGCUUGAUCAAAUUGACCAUGAGGCUGAGGUGUGCUCACGUGGAGAGACUUUGAACAUGGGAUUGAAGAUUACAGGACCUGAUGAGAACAUAUUUCGAGACAGCGAUUGUGAAGACUCGACGGCGCCUUGGGAACCCGAAUCGCUCCCAUCAACAGAUAAGCUUUAUCUUGAUGGAGUUUCAUCUUGCAAUCCUCUCGAAGGCUUACUUGCUCAACGGGUUGGGUGCAUGGAAUGUGGAUGGACCGAAGGGCUCUCGCUGAUACCUUUCAAUUGUCUCACUGUUCCUCUGGGCAAAAGAUCUUCGUACGAUGUUCGCGAAUGCCUGGACCAAUAUAUGACACUUGAGCCUAUUGAAGGCGUGGAAUGCGCCAAAUGCACGCUGUUGCAUCGGCAAGAGCAGCUCAUCAACUUGAUCAGUGGGUUUGAAGUCGAUGAGAGUCCGUCAGACAGCUCCGACGAACCUCGGCCAUUUGAUGCUGUGAAACAGUCAGCCUACUCGCGCUUAGAGGCUGUGAAGGCGGCUUUAGACGGCAACGACUUCAGCGAAACAACAUUAGCAAACAAGUGCCACAUCAACUCAAAGAACCGGGUCUCAACCACGAAAUCUCGACAAGCCGUCAUUGCGCGGGCUCCCCGCUGUCUUGCUAUCCAUAUCAACCGUAGUGUCUUCGAUGAGAUGACUGGGACAUUGGAGAAGAAUCUCGCCGCAGUCGCGUUUCCUCAAAUGAUCGAUCUGAACAAUUGGUGUCUUGGCACCCGAUCUCUCAGCAAAUCUGGCGACGAUACUGAGCAAUGGGAAACAAACCCUUCGCGAUCCAUGCUUCCGCAGCCUGGCGAAACAAUUCAAGUCCCCAGCAGACAAUAUCAAUUACGCGCAAUCAUCACCCAUUACGGCCGACAUGAGAAUGGACACUAUAUCUGCUAUCGCAAGUAUCCGACAUCGGAAUUCACAGCUCCUGCACCGGACGAGAUCCUUCAAGCUGAGGGUGAUAAGGAUAAGCCCGAGCGUUGGUGGCGCCUCAGCGAUGAUGACGUGCAGAUGGUGAGUGAAGCUCAUGUGAUGACCCAAGGAGGUGCAUUCAUGCUGUUCUACGAAGCUGUGGAUGAUUCGGUCUCGCCGUGUUCGACUCCAUCUGCAACUCCAGAACAUGACCUAUACGACGGGUAUGCAGAGUCUACUCAGUUCGGAAGCGUAGAACCAAAGAUCAUUUCUACUCCAUCUACUGUCACCGACUUUGAAUCUGCCACUUCUCGUGAAACCAGUAUCUCGUUGCCGAUGGACGACCUCGUUCCUGUCGAACCGCCUUUGAAGACUCCGAACGUAACUGACUUUGGUGUUGAAUAUAAUGAUGAACUGGGCUCACCCUCUACCAUCAUUACAUGA